AUGACGGAGAGGUACAGCUUUUCUCUGACGACAUUUAGUCCAUCCGGUAAAUUACUUCAAAUUGAAUAUGCAUUGAAGGCUGCCGAAUGUGGCGCUCCGUCUGUUGGGAUACGUGCCUCUAACGGUGUGGUUUUGGCGGUGGAGAAGAAGUUUAAUUCGGAAUUGAUCGAUGAGGCUUCAAUUUCCCGCAUUGAACCUGUGACAAAAUCGGUGGGGAUGGUGUACAGUGGACUGUCUCCAGAUUAUAGAGUCCUUGUAAAACAAGCCCGGAAAUCUGCGCAAGCUUACCAGCUGGCCUACAAUGAAUCCAUUUCUCCUGAGCAAUUAGUUACCCGCAUCGCUGCGGUUAUGCAAGAAUAUACGCAGUCAGGUGGUGUACGACCAUUCGGUGUAUCCCUUCUCAUUGCUGGCUGGGACUACAAUUCAAAUAGAGCCUACCUUUACCAGUGUGAUCCUUCUGGUACUUACUUCCCAUGGAAAGCCACUGCAUUGGGUAAAAAUUCGUUGAAUGGCAAAAACUUUCUUGAGAAGCGGUACAAUGAUAAAUUAGAGUUGGAAGAUGCGGUGCACGCGGCCAUUCUGACAUUGAAGGAGAGUUUUGAGGGUCAGAUGACCGAGAAUAACAUCGAGAUCGCCGUUUGCAAUGAGAAGGGUUUUCGCGUUCUGCAGCCCUCUGAGAUAAAGGAUUACCUGGCCACUAUCCCUUGA